AAACAGGCACAAAAUCGACGGGAUUUGAGUGACAGGGCCCAUCGGGAGAUUAUGGGAUGUACCGGCAUUGCCUUGUCGUUGGUAUAAAAACGUCCAAAAACUCGAGUUCCACAAACUAUCUCAAUCGCCAUCUUCUUACUCGUGGUCAUCUUUGCGAUUCACACCGUAGAGUAAGUGCUCCUCAGUUUAUUGCCGUCAUCAAUGCCAGCCGCAUGAGUCAUCGUGUGCGGGGUAGUCUUCCUUACCCGAAAAGGCGGUUCGCCGCCAGCGGAUCACUGAUUUAUUGUCCUUUACCACACCUGCCGUGCUUGGACUUUCGUUGACUGACCAAUAUCAACAGACUUCAUAUUCGUCCACCAUGGUUCAUCCGCACCAGACACCCUAUGUGACACCCCACAUCUUGCACAGAAAUUACGCUCAAGCUUUUGACAAUGAAUCUCUUAGCAAACUCAUCGGCCGUGACCUCGAGUAUUUCUCGCAGGCAGGGUUUGACAUGGACAGGAUCCAGCUCAAACGCAACGCACCUGUAGCCCAGCUUUACGAAGAUGCCAUCCGCAACGAAGGCGCGAUCAUUUCUUCUUCCGGCGCACUCAUCAACUUCUCUGGUAAGAAGACCGGUAGAAGUCCGAAAGACAAGCGAAUCGUAUACGAGGAGACCAGCAAGGAUGACAUAUGGUGGGGUUCCGUGAAUAUCAAAAUGGAUGAGCACACGUUCGAGAUCAAUCGCGAGCGUGCCAUCGACUACUUGAACACGCGCGACAACGUCUACGUCUUCGAUGGAUUUGCUGGUUGGGAUCCCAAAUACCGUAUCAAGGUCCGGGUCAUCUGUGCCCGUGCAUAUCAUGCUCUGUUCAUGAACAACAUGUUGAUCCGUCCGACCGAAGAAGAGCUCGCAAGUUUUGGCGAGCCCGACUUCAUCAUCUACAAUGCUGGCCAAUUCCCUGCGAACCGCUUCACUAAGGGCAUGUCCUCCACUACCUCAGUGGAGAUUAACUUCAAGCGCAUGGAAAUGGUUAUCCUUGGCACUGAGUACGCCGGCGAGAUGAAGAAGGGAGUCUUUUCCGUCAUGCACUAUCUUCAGCCCGUAAAGUUCGGCCAGCUCUCCCUCCACUCAUCCGCCAAUGUCGGAAUGGAGAAGGGUGAUGUUACCCUGUUCUUCGGUCUCUCUGGAACUGGAAAGACAACUCUUUCCGCUGACCCGAACCGCCUUCUCAUCGGUGACGACGAACACGUGUGGUCAGACACUGGAGUGUUCAACAUCGAGGGAGGAUGUUAUGCCAAGUGCAUCAACCUGUCGCGCGAGAAGGAGCCGGAGAUAUUCAACGCUAUUCGUUUCGGCUCCAUUCUGGAGAACGUCGUAUACAACCCUUCAUCGCGCAUGCCGGAUUAUGACGAUGUUGGCAUCACAGAAAACACGCGCUGCGCAUACCCGAUCGAAUACAUUCCAAACGCCAAGAUCCCAUGCAUGGUGGACAGACAACCGAGCAACAUUAUCAUGUUGACAUGCGAUGCGUUUGGUGUCCUUCCCCCUGUAAGCAAGCUUACCCCAGAGCAAGCAAGCUACCACUUCCUUGCUGGCUACACUUCGAAAACUCCUGGCACGGAGGAUGGCGUCCUCGAGCCUAUCCCGACAUUCUCAACCUGCUACAGCGCGCCUUUCAUCGUGUUACACCCUGGACGCUACGCCGAAAUGCUGGCUGAUCGCAUGUCCAAACAUAACGUAUCCUGUUGGUUGAUCAACACAGGUUGGACAGGUGGCAAGUUCGGCACGGGCAAGCGCUGCCCACUUAAGUACACCCGCCGUAUCGUCGAUGCCGUACACUCCGGGGAGCUUCUCGACAGCGAAUUCCCUACCGGGGUAGAGGGUGUUCCACGCGAAGUGCUUAACCCGCGUCUGGCCUGGGCAGACAAAGAGGCUUUUGAACGUGAGGUUCGCAAGCUCGCGGGCAUGUUCCAGAAGGCGUUUAGGUUGUACGAGGGCGACGUGCAAGAAAGCGUGAGGUUGGCAGGUCCACGGGUGGAUUAGAGCCGUCUUUCCCUCCUUAUUUAUCGUUUACUGUUAUAAGGCGGCUGUAGAGUGGAGAUACAUUGCUAUCUGAACCGAAUCCAAAUUGUACUCUAUUGUACUUUGUCAUGUGUACCUGAUGUCCAAGGAAGUUGGCUUCGAACGUUCGCCGCCUGCAAUUAUGUAUGAGGUUUAGCAGAAUUAAAAGUUCGAUAACCACGAAA